AUGGCAGCGCGGCAACCUCCGACUCUCUACCUCAGCCGGGGUGCUUGUUCCCUGGGCCCCCACAGCGUCCUCGCCCACGCCGGCAUCCCCUACAAAUUCGUCGUCAUGAAACAAUCCCCCAACGGCAACUCCACAAACAGCCGCUACGAAGGCGCCGACGGCAGCCUCUCCCACGAGCAGUUCCUCGCCAUCAACCCCAAGGGUUUCGUACCCACCCUCGUCGUGGGGGACGGUCCAGAUGCCGUCGUCAUCACGGAGACGCCGGCCGUCUUGACGUAUAUCGCGCUCCUCGUGCCGGAUCUCAACCUACUGGGCACCGGCAUCAUCGACCGCGCCAAGGUGGCCGAGUGGUUGGCGUGGGGUUCCAACACGAUACAAAACAACGGUUUCGCGGCGUUUUGGCGACCGGGCCGGUUUGCGGAUGAUUCGGACGAAGCCACGAUGCAGAAUAUUAAGCGUCGAGGGAGGGAAGUUAUCGCUAAGGCGUUUACGACCAUCGAGGAGAAGUUGGAGGGGAAGGAGUUUGCGGUCGGCGAGGCGUUGACGGUUGUGGAUUUUCUUUUGCUCGUGUAUUGGUGGUGGUGGAGUGAUGAGGAGCCUGACCGUAAGACGAAGUUUCCCAACUUUGCUAGGUUGAUGGAGAAGGUAAGAGAGUUGGAUGGCGUGAAGAAGGCUAUCGCCGCCGAAGACAUCAAGGUAGAGUUAAUUGGCGUCAUGAAAAUGUUACAAAGACGAUAUGCUUAUGAGGCGAUGUCGCGACGAGACCAUUGGCGGCCGAACUACGUGUGCUUCGGGAGACUCGAGGUUUCAAAGAGCAGGGCAGGUUUUGGCCGAUUGAUCUCGACAGCCGGGCUGGCCCAGCUCGCGACUGCCCUAGCGUCUCCAAUUUGGAAUCCCAACCUCCUCCUUCGGCUUGCUCUGAUUUCCGCCCCCAAUUUCGCCAUGUCUCUGGACGAGAACGGCGAGUGA